AGGAACAGGAAGCACCUGUAUAAAGCCCAGGAGUGGGGAGCAGAAAGGGGCUGCAGGGAAGUAGGCUGCAGUCACGGCCUGGAAGAAGGGAGGCAUGGAUGGGAAUACAGAGGGUAGUCCACAGUUACUCCCUGGGAGGUGGGAGUUUGGGCUGGCAAACCCAGGGAGGUGGGGAAAGCCAGCAAGGUAGGAGAGGUUUGGGGGAAAGGCAGCAAGGUCUGGGAUAGGUCAGACCUUGGCUGCUGGUGAGAGGGCCCCUGAGCCGGAACCUGGACUAGAGGGCAGGCCUGGGUUCUCCUCCCAGCCACGGGGGAAAUGGCUCCGAUGAGGUAGUGCAAAGCAGGCUGCCUGGAACAGUUUGCCCCAAAAGUCUUUGAUACCCCAGAAGUGGAGGACCGUAGUGGCCUGGCCGCAGGGCCAAGUCACAAACAGGAAGCUGCAGCUCCUGGAGCAAGAGGGGCUGCAGGGUGAGAGAAAUAGAUGAGUGGAAAGACUGCCAGAGGAGGGCACAGCACCUGGGAAGUGCUAAUCCCCAGAGUGGCCAGGAGGAGGCGCCUCUAGUGGUGAGUGCACCCCCAUGAUAAGGUCCCUUAGUGAUUAAACCCCCUCGGGGUCAGGCAGCUGGAGGAACUUUCCUGAGUCAUUAGAGUGCUGAUCCCUUAUCAGGGAACCAGGCCGGGGUUGGGUAUUGAUCAAGAUACGUCAAUUCUUUGGUCAGAGGAAGUUGGGGAGCAGAUAAUUCUUUGGGUCAAAGUUUCCUGAUUUACAGCCUUCCUCAAUGGCCUGGAGAGGUGGGAGAGAGCUGUUAAUGUGUAACUCUCGGAGACGCUAGGCCUAUAAGAUCUCCUGCGGGAGGUGUACCUGCGCCAGAUCCUCAGCAGCUCCCAGCCGCGGCUAUCCAGCACCAGCAAGGAGGAUGUCUGAGAAAUUUGAAAUCUUGAACCUGGACGUGAAAGCAGGGAGCACCCUGAAGAUAAAGGGCAAGGUCGCCAAUGAUGCUGAGAACUUUGUGAUUAACCUUGGCAAGAGCCCUAGUGAGCUGGGGCUGCACUUCAACCCUCGCUUCAAUGAAUCCACCAUCAUCUGCAACUCCAGAUGUGCCAACUGCUGGCAGUCGGAGUACCGCGACAACCACCUGCCGUUCUCCCGGGGCUCGGAGGUCAAGUUUAUCGUCAGCUUCCUGGGAGACAAGUUCAAGGUGAAGCUGCCGGACGGGCAUGAGGUGGAAUUCCCCAACCGGCACGGCUACGACAAGAUCAGCUACCUGAGUGUGCAGGGUGGGUUCAAAGUCAUCUCCUUCAAACAAGAAUGAUGGGCCCCGCUUCCCUGCUCUA